AUGAGCUCAAUUAACGUCAAAAAGCUGAAAGUUAACGAGCUGAAGGACGAGCUGAAAAAGCGUAAUCUUUCAGACAAGGGGCUGAAGGCCGAGCUUAUGGAUCGUCUGCAGGCCGUGCUGGACGAGGAGGCCCUUGCCGGAGACUCCCCGCUGAAUCAAGAAGCUGCAGCGGACGAGGGUCCCGGCCAGGCCGCGGACCUGGAGGGCAUGGGAGAAGAAGAAGAGGGCGAGGGCCCGAUAGAAGAAAGCAUGGAGGCCAACGAGGAGGAUGCAGAGGAGGAGAAAGAAGAAGAGCCGGAAAAUGGGGGUGCCGCUGACGGCGCUGCCGAGGACGAAGAGAUGGGUGAGGGGGAAGAGGACGAGGACGACGAGAUGGAUCCCAUGCUCAAGGGAGAUGUCGAUGACAUGGAGAAAAUAGACACAGAGGAUGGUGAGCCCGCGGACCAGGCUGCUGAGGGGGAUGCGGACAAAGACACGAAUGCUGAUCAGAAGAAUAAGAAGGGUGUUAAGAGACGCCGGGAGGAACAUGGAAGGGGCUACUUUGAAUUUAUUGAAGAGAACAAAUACAGCUGGGCCUCAUUUAAGUCCCCUGUGCCCCCCCUGGAGGAAGAAGAUGAGGAGUUUGAUGACACUAAAGUCUGCCUGGAUACUUACAACUGUGACCUGCACUUUAAGGUGUCACGGGACCGUUACAGCGCCUCAUCUCUCACAAUGGAGAGUUUUGCUUACCUCUGGUCCGGAGGCAAGGCAACCUAUGGCGUGAACAAAGGCAAAGCCUGCUUUGAGAUGAAGAUUGCAGAGAAAAUUCCUGUGAAGCACAUUUCCAGCAAGAACAUGGAGAUUCAUGAUGUGCAGGUCGGCUGGUCCCUGUCUACUGGCACCCUCCUUCUUGGUGAGGAGGAACAUUCUUAUGCAUACUCUGGGAAAGGCAAGAAGACCACCAACUGUGUCACAGAGGACUUUGGAGAAACCUAUGAGGAGAAUGAUGUCAUCUGCUGCCUCAUUGACUUUGAGGGCGAGGAUGUGGUGUUGUCCUUCUCCAAGAAUGGCGCCGAGCCGGCUGUCGCUUUCCAGGUGAACAAGGAGACUCUGAAUGGCCAGGCCCUUUUCCCACACGUCAUUUGCCACAAUUGUGCUGUGGAGUUCAACUUUGGCCAGAUGGAGACGCCGUACUUCCCUCAGCCUCAGGAUUACACCUUCUUGCAGCAGAUGCCUUUGGAUGACCGAGUCCGUGGGCUCAAGGGCCCACAGACCAAGGCUGACUGCGAGAUCAUCGUGAUGGUCGGCCUGCCAGGCUCAGGGAAGACUACGUGGGUGAAGAACCAUGUCCAGGAGAACCCUGGGAAAUACUACAUCCUCGGCAGUGACACCAUCGUUGACAAGAUGAUGAUCAACAGCCUGAAACGACAGUCAAAGGACAUCACAAAACUGACCGCCAUUUCCCAGAGAGCACCGCUUUUCCUGGGAAAGUUUAUUGAGAUUGCUGCACGCAAGAAGAGAAACUACAUCCUGGAUCAUACUAAUCUGUCUGCCCCAGGCCAGAAGAGGAAGAUGUGUUUGUUUGCCGGCUUCCAGCGCAAGGCUGUGGUGGUCUGCCCCUCUGACGAGGAAUACAAGCAGAGAGUACAGAAGAAGGUUGAGAGCGAUGGCAAAGAAGUACCCGAGCACGCCGUCUUCAAAAUGAAAGGCUUCUACUCGCUGCCCGCGGAGGGAGAGAGCUUCAACAACGUCGUCUUUGCUGAGCUGCAGAAGGAGGAGGCCGGAAAGCUGCUGGAACAGUACAAAGAAGAAAGCAAGACGGCUCUGCCGGCUGAGAAGAAACCCAACCAGGGCAGCACAACACCAAAGCGAGGCGGUGGCCUGCGCGGGGGCGGCCGGGGAGGCAAGAACCAGUUUGGCCGCGGCAGUGGGCUCGGGCAGAGGGGUGGGGGCCGCGGAGGCUUCCAGAACAGAGGCACCUUCAGAGGAGCUCCUGGCCCCCGUGGCGGCUUCAGUCGUCCACCUCGUGGCUUCCUGCCUCCCCCACCCUUCAGAGGAGGGUUCCAUAGCCGUGGAAACUUCAACCGGGGUGGUGGCCCUAUUCCCAGCCUGGGCGGAUCUCCCAGGGGUGGGCCAAUGAGGGGUAACAUGGGACCCAGAGGGGGCCCCAUGAACAGAGGUGGCCCUAUGAACAGAGGUGGCCCCAUGAACAGAGGGAACAUGAGCAGAGGAGGUGGAGCCAACAUGCACCGUGGUGGAUCCAGGGGACAGCACAACCAGUUUCAGCAGAGAGGUGGUAACCGCGGCAACUUUGGCAACUUCGGCAACAAGAAUGGCAACUUUGGUAACAACAGGAACGGCGGUAACUUUGGCAACAGGAAUGGCAUGGACAAGGCCCAAGCCUUCAACCAGAGCUGGCAGCAAGGGUUCUGGAACCAGAAGCCAUGGAGCCAGCAGUAUCAGCCGGGAUAUUACUAAGGAACUUGUUGUAACGGACUGGUGGCCGACACUGACCCACCGCUAGCCACGGAACUUCCCUCCACCCCGCUUUCUUUUCCCUAAAACCCACUUUUAAUGAUCUAUAAAUCACCAUCUGACAAUGAAGACUAAUGUGAUAUGGAGCAACAUUCCACAUCAGAGAGGCAACCCAAGCUUUAUAUUCUCUAAUAUACACAUGUACAACGUGGGUUCAUUUUUCAUUCAUCUGUUUAUUUUUUGUUGUAUAUUUUCAACUUGUUUUCACCACUUUUAAAUGACGUGCUUUUAAAAAAAAAAAAAGAAGAAAAAAAAAAGAAAUCUCGUUUGUAAUAUCAGGAACCUGAAAUAUUUGGCUAGCCUGGCAGAUGUUGAUUUUUUUUUUUCUCCAGGGUUGUGCAUUUUAUCUGUGCUGUGAUUUUUGUUUUUUUAUUACAAAUUGUAAAUAGGGUUUUCUUUUGUUUUUUUUGCGUAGUUUGUAGAAGUAGUUUAAAAAACGGUAAUAGUUGAAAGGAACCUUGGCUUAUUAGCAAGAAGCAUGGUAGCUGAUUAUCCUGUUAGGCUGUACAUGUCAAGAGUCCACUGUCUGACAGUGAAACCGAAGCAACAGAUGACUUGUCUUUUGUUCCCAAUAUCAAACCUGUAACCUUAACUCCAUAGACUUACAAUAAACAACUCGUUGGCUUUUUUACAUUCUUCCUGGCUUAUGACUUUUGAUUCAGUUCAAAGGUGUGUAAAAGACCUUUGAAUGGGCGUUGUCCUAGUUUGCUACUUCAAACAAUAAGGACAUCAGCUUCUCUUCAAGCCCCAGUUUACACCUCAUUAGUAAAGUAUUCCCUUCAAGUGUUCAUCUUUGAUAAGUCCUGGAGCUAUUCUAAUGUACAUUUCUUUCAGAAAGCAUUGACCAAGCCAUUUUAAGGAUCUUAGAAAGCCAUUUUAGUACAUUUUGCCUUCCAAUUCAUUUUUUUUUUUGUUGAAUUAAAAUAAUCUAAAUUAGUACACUGACUACACUUGAUUCUCUGGAGGAAGUGUUGGUACUCUGUGUCCAUCAAUGGUUCCUUAAGUGCAGUAGACUUCUGAAAAACAGCUAGCACUGAUCAGUCUCAACUCCUUAAAAACCACACCCAGAAAAGCAUCCCCUCUCUAUGUAUAGUUUUAUGGUUUAAAUAUACGCCACAAAAAAAAAAAGAAAAUUGAACACGUCUGAAGUUCUGCACAGAAAGUGAAUGAAAGCAGGCAGGGUUACUCAUUUUCACCAGCAUACCUAAAGGGCUACGCAGCAUCACACAUCCGCUUAUUCCUACCGACAGUCCGCGAAGACCGUUUUCAGACUUAGGGGGACAACUCUAAAGUGGUUGUUUGGAAGCACUCCAUAGUUAUGGUUGGUGACUGUGUGGCCCGGCAAUACCGGCAGCUCCUCAUCCACCGGCCCAUAGUGUGUCCCAGCAUGAUAUCCUGGCAGAGGACACCCUGCUCGUGCGUUUCAACACAGACCAUCACAGUAGAUCAGAUCAAACCUGGCGAUGUGUGGACAUUAUUUUGUAUCUGCCCAUGUUGAUAUUUAAUAAAUCUGUAAAUACGUCACCACUAUUUCAUCAAUGCACGAAUGUUCAUGAAUUAAUUGAUUUUGCGUAAUAACUGUAUUGUGAUUAAGAAAGUGUUAGCUCGCCCUUCGUACUGCUGUGUGAUGAAUUGUCAACUAUAUUUAAUGUGUGGAGAGUUUGUGUCCUGUUUGUAUUGUACUGGAUACAUAAAUCUUGCGGAGCUUUUGAGUUAACAGUAUAACCUAUAAUACAACAGACUAUAUUUUUAUCGCUUUUAUGUUGCAGGUUGUAUAUCAGGUCUUUUUUAUUAUUAAACCAACCAAUGCAAACGCUU